AUGUCGGACAAUUAUGUCCUUGUGGACCCAUUGUCCGCAAAACCAAUUGAUUGCUGGAAGAAAUAUUUGAAGCAGGGAAGAGUAUGUGAACCAUUGAAACCGAUGAGACUCGAUACACCAAUUUUCGAAAAUAAAGUUCGAUUUGUUUGCAUCUCAGACACCCAUGAGAAACUGCAUGAGAUUCUACCGUAUAUUCCUGAUGGCGACGUUCUCAUUCAUUCUGGCGACUUCACAAAUUGUGGAGACAUCGGAGAGGUGAUUAAGUUUAAUGCGGAAAUUGGAACUCUACCACACAAACACAAAAUUGUAAUUGCUGGAAACCACGAGCUCGGAUUUGAAGAUGGAGAAGAGAUGAGCGAACGUCAAUUGGCUGGUCUUAACAUGCUCGGAAUCAACAAAGCUUACGAACUUCUCUCGAAUUGUACAUACCUUUGCGAUAAAUCAUACGAAGCCUAUGGUAUAAAAAUAUACGGCGCUCCGUGGCAUUCAAUGCCAGGAUAUUCAUUCUAUCGUCCCAGAGGACAGAAAAUUCUACACAAAUGGAAUCAGAUUCCGGCUAAAGUUGACGUUCUUAUGACUCACACUCCACCACUGGGACAUGGAGACUUCAACGCAUGGGACAAAAUGGAUGGUAUUCUUUGUGGAUGUGCAGAACUUUUGAAUACAGUGGAACAACGAGUGAAGCCAAAAUAUCACGUUUUCGGACAUGUUCAUCAGAAGCAUGGUGUGACCACAAACGGAGAGACAACAUUCAUCAACGCAGCAUUGUGUGACCACAAACUACGAAGUGCAUAUGAUCCAAUCAUUUUUGAUAUCCCAUUGCCUCCAGGAAAAACCAAACAAUAA